CGAACUACUACAUGGACAUCUUUGAAACGCUUUCUGCUCGCAAUGACGCGACCCGUACUAUCAAGGUCGUCGAUAUGCAUACAUCUGGAGAGCCCACUCGCAUAGUCGUUGGGGGCUAUCCUGAAUUGCAAGGCACAACUCUGCUCGAGAAGCGCAGAUGCGCCAAGGACCGGCACGACGGAAUACGCCAACGCCUUAUGCGCGAGCCCCGUGGUCAUGCAGAGAUGUAUGGCGCGAUUCUCGUUCCCGAGACUGAGUACACACAAUCGGGAGAGGCAGAUAUCGGAGUUCUGUUUUGCCACAACGAGGGCUAUUCUACGAUGUGCGGGCACGCAACGAUCGCCCUCGGCCGCUUCCUAGUAGACACGCAUGACCAAUCCAUCUUCCCGCGCCGCGCGUCUCUCAAGUACGAUCCCUCGACCGGGCUCACAGCCCUCCGCCUGCACGCGCCGUGCGGCGUAGUGCACGUCAACCUUCCUCGGUGUGCCCAGCUUCGCCACCGCCCGGACCUCGACGUCGAGAUCCCCCCAUCGCUGCGCUGGCCGCGCUUGUGCGAGGCGCAGCGCACCAGCGUCAGAGUCGAUGUCUCGUACGGCGGUGCGUUCUACGCGCUCGUCUCGGCGGCAGAGCUCGGCUUCGCGGAGGGCCUGAGCGGGCGCGCUGGUGCGACGAUGGCUGACUUCGACGCGGCAACGGCGGCGCUGAAGACGGUUUUGGGGCCGAGGAAGGAGCUGUUCGUGCAUCCCACGGAGCGGGAUCUGGAGUUUCUGUAUGGAGUGAUGGUGGUUGAACGCACCGCGCAGGGUGAGGCGGGCCUUUGCUUCUUCGCUGACCAGCAGGUUGACCGCUCUCCUUGCGGGUCCUGCGUCAUGGCGCGCGUGGCUCUGGCAUUCGAGAAGGGGGAUCUGAAGCUGGGGCAAGCACGCGACUAUGAAUCGAUCGUCAGUCUGUCGGUUGAUGGUACUGGAUUCAGAGGCACUGCGGUUGAGAAAACUGAAGCAGGUCUGAUCGUUCAAGUGCAAGGAAAGGCGUUCUAUUCGGGUGCAUCCACUUUCGUUGUAGAGGACGAAGAUGCUAUGCCUAGUGGAUUUAUCGUCAGUCUAUGA